GACGUUUGGAUUAUCUCUGCGUUCCAGAAUACGAGUAAGAUGAUGCUGUAGUUUAACGAAAGACUUGCACACGCAAGUGUGCCGACGCCCCUUAAGUAAUCAUGCGUGCCAAUAUGGCGUUCAUUACUAGCUACGUCGCUAAGCCGACCAAAAUUUCUUUUCAUCGUUCUUUAAAACCCCUCGGUUGGAUUCGCAUUGAAAAUGUCAUCCAGUCAGGACCAGAUGUGGCUAUGGAAGUACGAGCCGGUGUCCCGCAGUGGGACACCGUCAUUAGAAAUUGAUGACGAUUGGCCUUUAUUCGAUGAUCAUUCUGUAGAAAUUUCUAACAAUACUGCGGAAGCUGUUAUGUAUGAAGACCAUCCUUCCCGUGCACAAGUGGCAAAACAGCUUUUAGAAAAAUUAGACGAAUGGAUUAAAGAAGAACCCUUCUCAGAUUGGCUGGAAGAAAAGAUAGAGCUGCCUAUAUUUGAACAAAUAUCUCUUCCCGAAAACCAAAACAAAUCACCGCUGCCGGUUUACUCUACCGUCAUUUAUCCGCUAACGGUGACGAAGACAUUGCAGCAGCAACAACAACAACAACAACAACAACAACAACAACAACAUGAUAACACACAAACCCUCUUGCAGGAAUUUGAAACGGUUUUGGGUGACGUCGAGGCUUGUCAUCAGAUCAUUCCGCCAACCAGUUCGACGCUUACUCCUCCGCAAUCACCCUCACAUAAAUCGGUCAAUGUGGACACGCAACUGCUUGUCACUCUGCAGCCUAUGGAAUCGUUCGCCAACGAUCAACCGAUAUAUAACAUAGCUGCAACAGAACAACCGCUGUAUGUGGAUAAUAUACCGCGUCAGUGGAAUACCGAUAACAUAGACUCGCUAAGUCCGCUUGGCGGGGAUGUUGCGAACGAGUUAGCAGUGGUGGAUGAAUACGUUCGCUCACAUACCAAGGAUAUACCGUCUCCCGUAAGUCCGUGCAGCUCCAAUAGCAGUUCGGCCGACGAUUCCAUUGACGAUCCCGAUUGGAAUCUCGAAACCGAGAAAAGAACAAGCCUGAAACAAACAGUUCAUGACUCUUCGAAACAUCGCCAAAAGCCAUAUUCUCGAUCCUCUCUUGAGGACAAGAAGGUACGGAAAAAAGAACAGAAUAAGAAUGCUGCUACACGUUAUAGACAGAAAAAGAAACAAGAAAUCAAAGAGAUACAGGGUGAAGAGCGCGAACUGGCGGAGCAUAAUGAGAAGUUAAAAGAAAAGAUGAAGAACUUGCAGCAGGAGAUAAAAUAUCUGAAAGGAUUUAUGAGGGAUGUGUUCAAAGCUAAGGGUAUUCUUAAAUAAUCCAUUUGUUCAAGAAUCCUUAUCGCCGUACGACAUAAUAUCUAUUAGUUUUAUUUAGAUGUAGGGGAGA